AUGGCGGUGGCGGCGGCCGCGGCUUCCCGGCUGUGGCUCUGGGCUGCCCUGCUUAUCCCUGCGGCCGCGGUCUACAAAGACCAAGUGGGCAAGUUUGAUUGGAGACAGCAGUAUGUUGGGAAGCUCAAAUUUGCCUCCUUGGAAUUUUCCCCUGGAUCGAAGAAGUUGGCUGUGGCCAUAGAGAAGAAUGUGAUUGCAGCAUUGAAUUCUUGGACUGGGGAGAUCUUGUGGCGCCACGUUGACAAGGGCUCGGCAGAAGGGGUGGUGGACGCCAUGCUGCUCUGCGGGCAGGAUGCAAUCACUGUGUCCAAUGGAGGCCGGAUCAUGCGCUCCUCAUGCGCUCCUGGGAGACGAACAUCGGGGGCUUGA